CUCCUCCCUAACUGCAGUCUGUUGGAGAGACUGAGAAUAGAAAUCAAUCUGUAAAGCAGCGGCUGGAGAGCUAGAUAGAAGGUUGACUGUGUGAAAUCUGACAGCGAUUCCCUUCACCCACAGACUCCUCCUGUUCUAUCUGGACACAAAAGCAUUGCAGCAUGGACAGUGAAACUGGCAUCAAAGUAUGCUGACAGAUGUGUGGUCCCUGUACCUCAACUAUGUUCUACAUAGCAAGACAGCUGGACUGAUUUUUGUAUAGGUACAGUUGGAAAAACCUUUUUAGUUAUAUUAAAUAUAACUUUAUAUCCCUUAUACCAUGGCGACAGUGGAACCUGGAUCUACAAUAACCAGCCGUCUGAAAAAUCUUCUGCGGUCUCCUUCUAUCAAACUGAGAAGACACAAGCCUGGGGCAAAGAAAGAAGAUAUAGGAAGCAAGGUGACAUUAGAAAAGGUCCUUGGCAUCACAGUGUCGGCUGGAAGAGGACUAUCUUGUGACCCCAAAACUGGCCUUGUUGCUUAUCCAGCCGGGUGUGUUGUCGUAUUGUUGAAUCCCAGAAAAAACAAACAGUACCACAUCCUGAACAGCUCCAGGAAAACAAUAACUGCUCUAGCCUUUUCUCCUGAUGGGAAGUUCUUGGUCACAGGAGAAAGUGGGCAUAUGCCAGCUGUGCGAGUCUGGGAUGUGGCUGAACGAAUCCAGGUGGCGGAGUUACAAGAACACAAAUAUGGUGUAGCCUGUGUGGCCUUCAGUCCGAGUUCCAAAUAUAUAGUUUCUGUCGGUUAUCAGCAUGACAUGAUAGUAAAUGUUUGGUCAUGGAAGAAAAACGUGGUUGUUGCAGCAAACAAAGUUUCCAGCAAAGUGACAGCAGUCUCCUUCUCAGAGAACAGCAGUUACUUUGUUACAGCUGGAAACCGUCAUGUCAAGUUCUGGUAUCUGGAUGAAGCAAAGUCAUCUAAGGUCAACUCUACAAUUCCCUUACUUGGACGCUCUGGACUCCUGGGAGAGCUCCGAAACAAUUUCUUCACCGAUGUGGCCUGUGGCAAGGGAAAGAAAGCAAGCAGCACAUUUUGCAUCACAUCCUCGGGGCUCCUGUGUGAAUUUAAUGACCGGAGACUGCUGGACAAAUGGGUGGAGCUUCGGACUUUCGUGGCAAGCUGCAUAGUGGUAAUCCAGGAUUAUAUCUUCUGUGGCUGUGCAGAUGGUACCGUACGAAUAUUCAACCCCCACAAUUUGCAUUUUCUCAGCACCAUGCCAAAGCCUCACCGCCUUGGCGUGGACAUUGCUACAGUAACAGAAGCAAGCCGCCUUUUCUCCAAUGCAGCAGAUGCCAAGUAUCCAGACACUAUUGGCAUGACGUUUGACUCUACCAGCCAGUGGCUAUCAUGUGUUUACAAUGAUCACAGUCUCUAUGUUUGGGACAUCAAGGACUUGAAGAAAGUAGGGAAGGUGUACUCUGCACUGUACCAUUCUUCAUGUGUAUGGAGCAUUGAGAUAUACCCAGAAGUCAAGGACAGCAAUAAAGCUUGCUUGCCUCCGAACUCCUUUAUCACCUGUUCUUCUGACAGUACAAUCCGCCUCUGGAACAUGGAAACCUCAAAUAUCCAUGGUACUGCUUUGCACCGCAACAUCCUGAGCAGCGACCUGAUGAAGACAAUCCUUAUAGAUAGUAACACCCAGGCCUUGUUGGAUACAGACUAUAACCCAGCUGGUCUGGGUGACAAAGUGGAUCCUCAGACUUUGGACACAAAAGUUGGCAUCCGCUCAGUGUGUGUGAGCCCCAAUGGACAGCACUUGGCAUCAGGGGACAGGAUGGGCACACUCAGGGUGCAUGAGCUGCAGACCUUGGGAGAGUUGCUGAAAGUGGAAGCUCAUGAUUCUGAAAUUCUUUGUUUGGAGUACUCGAAGCCUGAAACAGGACUGAGUCUCUUAGCUUCAGCUAGCCGUGAUCGACUAAUUCACAUUUUGGAUGCAUCAAAGGACUACAGCCUUCAGCAAACAUUGGAUGAUCACUCUUCUUCCAUCACUGCUGUAAAGUUUGCAGCAAAUGAGGGGAAGGUGCGCAUGAUCAGCUGUGGAGCAGAUAAGAGCAUCUACUUCCGUACUGCAGACCAGAUUGGAGAAGGCAAUGUCCAUUUUACACGUACACAUCACAUUGUGCGAAAAACUACAUUGUAUGACAUGGAUGUGGAGCCAAGCCUGAAGUAUGCUGCCAUUGGUUGUCAAGAUCGCAAUAUUCGAAUCUUUAAUAUCAGCAGUGGAAAGCAGAAAAAGCUGUACAAAGGGUCACAGAGUGAAGACGGAACCCUUAUUAAAGUUCAAACAGACCCAUCUGGUCUUUAUAUUGCUACAAGCUGCUCAUACAAAAACCUGUCAAUAUUUGACUUCUAUUCUGGAGAGUGUGUUGCCACCAUGUUUGGACACUCAGAAAUUGUAACUGGAAUGAAAUUUACCAAUGACUGCAAGCACCUUAUUUCUGUAUCUGGAGACAGUUGUGUAUUCAUCUGGCGUCUUAGCUCAGAAAUGACAAUUCGAAUGCGUCAAAGACUGGCUGAAAUACGUCAGAGGGGAAAAGAACCUGAAAACUCCGUCCCUCAAAAGACUACUAAUGCAAGAAGAAAGACAAUAGCUGUGAUGUCUACAGCCCCUGCACUUUCUUCUGACAGUGACAAAGAAGGCAUUGAUGACUUGAGUGAUGAAGAGAUGACAGGUCCUGGCAAGCCCACUGACAUUUCAGAUUCUGUUGUGAGAAGUGCAUCCUACUGGGAAAUGAAGAGGGGGAAGGAAACAUCCAAUUCUCAACACUCUGACUCCCCCGGUCAAAUGCCGAGGCAACGAGUACGCUGGUCGCAGCCAGCUGGUAACAUGAUUGUUAAGUCUAUGCUUGAUUUGCGCCAACUAGAGUCCUUCUCUCAAUGUAAUGACCACAAUGAAUUCAAACCUGAUGAAGAACAAGAUGUAAUGCGUGUAGAUCCUAUCCUACAGAUUGGCAGGGACCCAUUUGUUCCUACAGCAAGUAUUUCUCGUCCUCGGGUUUUUCGGCUAAUGUCUUGUGAGGAUGGAGUUUUCAAGCAGGAAGUGGAGACUCCUGAAGGCAAGGAAUGCAUCAUAUACCCAGAGACAGAAGAUGAGGCUACAGACCCCUGCAGUGUGUUUGAGGUGAAAGGAAUGCCCUAUGGAAACUACAGCCAGCAUGUAUGCCAAGAGAAGCAUAGCCCUGACAGCGCAUGCUCUGUGGAUUCCAGUUGCAGCCGGCUUUCUAGCCCCGAGCACCCUAAUGAAGAUUCAGAAAUCACAGAGCCCCUAAGUGUAGAUGGAAACUCCUCAGAUAUGGAAGAGCAGGUGGAGGCUGAGGAGCUGGAAACAAACAGUCUUGUGCCAGAGGGGGAUGUUCUACUUAAUCCAGAUCAGGAGACCUUCCUUAACCAGCAUUUUGGGACUUUGUCUGCCUGCAAUGUUUCAGGUUUGUCUUUGCCUCUCGAAAGGAGUGACUGUGCCAGCAUCUCAUCCCGUUUCUUAGCCAUGGUCCAAACACCUGCUGCCAGUGAUGGUGUGUCCUGCACACUAACAAAAUUGAAUGGUGUGCUCAGCUCAGACACUGCAUCUCAGUCCUUAAAAAUGGAUAUGACCAGUCCUUUAGUCCACAAUAUAGAUAUGAUGGAUCAUGAAACUACCAGCCCUCAAAAGUCUGUUUACAGCCAGCGGAAAAGGAAUCAACCCACGGAAAGUAGCAAGAUGGGCAGAGUGGGACCGUGUUUUUCUCCAAUUUUAUCCAAUAUGCGAAAAACCCAAUCGGUGCAUGAUCUUGUACAUGAAGGUGAUAAAGCCUUAAACAAUGGAUGUGCCGUCAAACUGCGUCCUCAAACUCAAACAGCUGCAGAAAAGGAGCAAAUGGCCAAUCACCGCCGUACCUUGCCUGCUACACUUGGGAAAGUUGAAUAUGGUCAGCUAGGGGCAUUCCAAGGAAAGGACAUGAAACCAUCUAAAGGCCGGUCCUAUAUGAGUCCAACAACUAGCUCCAUUGCCAAAAUAACUCGGAGUGUAUCUAUGGGGGAAAAUUUAAAUAUUGGAAAUGCUCAGGAACCAUCUGAAGGAAAGAGCAACUUGGAACCAGAGGGAGCAAAUCUUCCUAUCCCAUUAGAGUCUGAAAAGAACCGACAGUUGUUGAAGGAAAACGUUGUAAAACCGGUUUUGCAGCCUGUUGCAAACUGCUUGCCAAAGACUUUUCAGGCAAAAAAUAGGGCACAUUUGACACUAGACAUUGGAAAAUCAUUGCCUGAUCGACCUUUACUUUCAUUUGGUAAAAAUAGAGGCUCAUUUGAAGUGGAAUCACCCAAAUCUCCAGCAGGAAGCUGGAAAACAAGACUCUCCUUCCCAGACCAAACAUACAGGAGCAGUGUUCAAGAUUUUGCAGGGUUUGAAAAUCAUAGCCCUUUGGAGGAUUCUGGUUAUAAACAAUGCAGUGAAGAGGAGGACAUGCUCUACUCCAGACUUUGUGAACCUCAGGAAAGAGUGAACUUAGGUGUUGAAAAAUGUAAACCCUUUCAGAGAGUUAGAUCAUCUACUAUUGGUCACACUUCAGAUUACCAUUCAGGACUCUCUCCUGUAGAGACCAUCAGACCAAGGUCUCCCUCACUCAGUGCAGCAUCAGCAUUGGACUCAGUAGGACCUAUCAGCUUUGAACAGUGUGAAAUGAUUGCAUCAGAGCUGCAGGACAGCCUCCGCAAGGCAAUGAAUUUGUACAGAUCGGUGACCACAGCUGCUCCUUCAACAAAUUUAGACCAUUACAAGAUUGCUGGCCUCCUGACAGAAACAUUUGGCAUUGUUAAGAGGGAGCUGGAUUCCUUGAAAGAUGGCGAGAGUCAGUCAGUCAUUGUAGAGAAGCUAUCCCCUCAAGUGACUGAGGUGACAACUGAAACUAGUGAAGUUCCAGUAGAUGAAGGCUCUUCAGUAACAUCUGGUGGCAGGCGACUUGGUGAUGAUAAGACUCUUGCUCUGCUGCAGCAGUACUCUGAACUUUUACUGCAAGCAGUGGAGAAAAGGAUGGACAAAAAACUCUAAUAAAUUGAUACAUAAAUCCCCAGCUGUUUGUUGUGAAUGGCAAAUAAUCACUCCAUGGGCUGUUAAUGAAUAGCAAUCUCCAAUGUGAGCCAAAAAGCCAGAAAAUUGUCUUUUGAGACUCAAAACACUAAAAUAUUAUUUGGUGUCUUCUAGCUAUCAAAGCUAAAAGCGGAUAUGAUUUUUCUAAAUUUGUUACAGCAAA